GUUUAACAUGAUUUCACUAUAUUACCUAUAGCUCAGGGAAGCCACCCGGUGAUCACGAUGGAGAGUUAUGAUCACUCAGGAGGGAUUAAUCUAGUGUGUGAGUCCAGAGGCUGGAACCCUGAACCUGAGGUUCUGUGGAUGAACAGAGAAGGAGACACUCUGCCUGCUGAAGAUACACAGAUGCACAGAGACACUGAGGGCUUCAGUGUGAAACACCGCAUCACUGUUUAUGAUUAUAGCGACUCCAACAAGUUUUACUGCAGACUUCUACAAAAACAUCACAUGAUGGAGGCAGAGGUUAUCAUUAAUAGUAAAGUCUUUGAUGCUUGGAAGUGGGUUGUCGGCAUUUCAGUUUCAGCAUGUCUUAUUGCUGUUGGAUGGAUAGUAACUGCAGUUAUCUAUCACAAGAAAGAGCUUCAGAAGGAGAAGGAAAAUGCAGAGAUCCAAACUGCCAAUGGAAGCAACAUCAGCACAAGAAGUGUGCAUCAGGAGCUUCAUGAAAUAGGUUUCCAUGGCCAAGCAGCUGCACACAAGCCUAAGAUCACUAUGUGCAAUGCCAACUCCAUAUUAAUGCCCAUGAGCUGCAGAGACAGAGAGUGGAAUACGCCUUAUAAUGUGUCCUUGACUUUCACCGGCACUCUGGUCCUCAUGUUGAUGAACAGUAAAAGAAGACUCUAA